AAAAGUUGUCCACAACAAGAGGUGGCGACGCUCCUUCAGUGUACACAAUAUUGUACCUGUACUCUACCUUUAUUACUUUACCUGUCCUCUCAUAUAUUGAAGAUUAGCCAAGAUGGAUGGGGAAGUGAUGAUGGAAGUACCCCAGAAUCUACAGAUGCUUGUACGUCUGGUGGUUCGUGGGUUCUACACCACCGAAGACGUCCUCAUUAUUGAUAUGCUUGUCAGAAAUUUUUGUAUGAGUGAAGAAGACCUGUGUGACUUACUCAAGUUUGACCGGAAGAUGUUGAGGCAGCGAAUCAACACACUUCGGGCGGAUAAAUUCAUCCAGGCGAGGAUGAAAAUGGUGACAUUAGAGGACAACAAGACACAGAAGGAACAAUACUACUUCAUAGACUACAAGAGCUUUGUAAAUGUUGUCAAAUAUAAGUUGGACCAUAUUCGGAAAAAGCUGGAGAUGAAAGAGCGCGACCAGACGAGCCGAGCAUCAUUUAUAUGCCACUACUGCCAGAGGUCAUACACGGACCUUGAGGCUGACCAGCUGUUAGACAUAACAACGGGACAACUAUUAUGUAUCAUUUGUAAACAAGAGGUUCAGGAAGACAUGUCGGGAAUGCCACGACACGACACCCGGAUAGUUCUUACAAAUUUCAACGAGCAGAUGGAACCUCUCUUCAACCUCCUGCGUGAGGUUGAAAACAUAAAACUGGCUGCCAAAUUCUCAGAACCACAACCAAAGGACUUCAGCGACCUCAAGAAAACUGGACAAGCACGAUCAUUAAAAGCCCCAGCACAUGGAGAAUCGGGUCGGGCGUGGUCUGGAGAUGCCACCAAGAAGUCUGGGUUUCAGGUUGAAGGAUCUAUUGAUGUCAACAUUAAUGCUGACGGUACUGGAGAGGAAACUGUCCUGACCAAGGAGAAGCCCAUUUGGUUGUCUGAUGCUACCUCCCUCAUCACCACAAACAUCACAUCAUCAGAACCAGCUAAACCUAAGGCUGAGACUAAAAAAGCAAAGCCUUCAAUCAGUAACAACCAGCAUCAAGUUGGUUCUGGAGCGGACGAUGUGAUGAUGUUGUUACAGGCACACGAACGCAAGUCCAAAAAAGGCGGUCGACGCAAUUCUGACAGUGACUCUGAUGACAGUGCUGAAGAAAGCAUAGCAAAGAGACCAAAAACUACCGCAUCAGAUACUGCGUUUGGCCCAGAGUCUCGAGGUGGAGACGAUAUUGAAGUGAUGGACUCUGACGAUGACGAUGCCACAGUUCCACAAGUGAGUGUAGCAGGGGAAAAGGUGGCCAUCACGGAGGUGGACAACGCCCUUAUUGCCAAGAUGACGCAGGAAGAGAAGAAUUCAUAUAUGCUGAUCUACCAAGAUUACAUCGGUUCAUUAGAUGACUAGAGUAAUUAAAUUCCAUAUUUAUUUUUGCUUACAUAAACACCUUAACUGUUAAGUUUUCAAUCAAGGAAGGACAGCCAGCCAUAAAACUUUGCUCCAACACACCUGAUGACAACCAGGUCACCAGAGCUGUGCCCACCCCAUGGUCUCUGCUGCAUCUUAUGGGUUGGCACCCUGGGUUUGUGGUGGCGAGCAGAAGGAAUUUGCUUUGGUUUUACCUAACAGCUGCCAUCAGAUAGCCACGACUAACCCACACGAGCGUGGAAAAUGGCCAUAGAAAGUUGAUGAUGAUGACGUCCACCAGGAUUAAUCAUACAAAAUUCUUCCAAGGUUCACAGUUUUUUUUUCAUUAAAGUAAUAGUGAUAAUGUACUAUUAAAGCUCAUCAGGAAGAGGUAUAGAAUGUUUCUAUUCACAA